AUGGUGAUAUCAACAGCAAUUCGCAUUGCGCCAUCGCGCGCAGCUCGCGCCCUCAACCUCCUUCGAACCGUACAAUACACACAUCCUCCAUCAUGUCCCUGCCAUUCGAACCCCAACUACCACCAAUCGCCGUCUACGGUUCAACAAGCACGACGACAUCUCGCAACACCCCUCGACCAUUCGCAGCAAAAAGAAUAUGCAUUCGAGAUGGCCGCAUCAAGCAUAAGAUUCGGGCCUGGAUGUACAAAGGAGGUUGGCAUGGACUUCAAGAACAUGGGCAGUAAGCGCGUCAUGGUCGUCACAGAUCCCAACGUGAGGAAACUAGACGCGAUGAAGCAAGUCAUUGAAGGUCUGGAGCGAGAAGGCGUGACAUACGAGAUCUUCGACAAGGUCAGAGUAGAGCCAAAGGACCACAGCAUAAUGGAAGCCAUCAACUUCGCGAAGCCAUGGAAACCAGACGCGUACCUAGCUGUUGGCGGUGGCAGUGUCAUCGACACAGCCAAGCUGAUGAACUUGUACACCACAUUCCCCGACGCAGAGUUCCUGGACUUCGUCAACGCGCCAUUGGGCAAAGGAAUGCCUAUUCCGUCAAAGCUCUUCCCGCUCAUCGCUGUACCAACAACUGCGGGAACUGGCUCUGAAACGACUGGAACUGCUAUCUUCGACCUGGUUUCCAAGAGAGCAAAGACCGGUAUCGCGCAUCGAAACCUGAAACCCACUUUGGGCAUAGUCGACCCGCUGAACACGCGCACUAUGCCCUCUGCUGUCCACGCAUCUUCAGGUCUCGACGUACUGUGCCAUUCUCUCGAAUCGUGGACCGCAAUCCCAUACUACGAGCGCACUCCACGACCGACCAACCCCCUCAACCGUCCAGCCUACCAAGGCGCAAACCCAAUCUCCGACAUUUUCUCUCUCAAGGCCCUGAAAGACACAGUCAAGUACCUGCCUCGCGCGGUGAAGGAUCCCGAUGACCACGAGGCUCAGUCGCAAAUGUUGCUAGCCGCGACACUCGCUGGUGUAGGCUUCGGUAACGCAGGUGUACAUCUCUGCCACGGCAUGUCGUACCCCAUCUCAGGCCAGAACCCUGGAUACAAGCACUCCGGCUACGACGUAGAUCACACCAUUAUCCCACAUGGUGUCAGUGUUGCGGUGACCGCACCUGCAGUCUUCAAAUUCACCGGCGCAUCCAACCCAGAGCGUCAUUUGGCCGCGGCCGAAGCGUUCGGUGUCGACAUUUCGAACGUCAAAGCAGAGAGCGCGGGAGAAGUACUUAGCGAGGCGCUCGCGGAGUUCUUGGUCAAGCUUGGUGAUCAGCCACGUGGGUUGAAGGCGCUAGGUUUCGGGAAAGAGCAUUUGGACCAGUUAGUUGAGGGUACCAUUCCGCAAGCGAGAGUGUUGAUGUUGGCGCCUAGUUUGGAGAUGCAAAAUAUUGAUGCUGAGAGGGAGCAGUUGCGCGGUUUGUUUGAGGAUGCGAUGGAGUAUUGA